UUCAGAAUGAACUUAAGCCAGGGUGAAUUAGUAGACAUUACUCCUGUUUGUUAUGAUUUUUUAAAUGGAUCUUGUCCGAAGAUUGUCUAUCCUCUGUUUUUGAAAGUGCCACUUUACUUGUUUCUCAGUUCAGUGGUGAUUUUAACUGUUUUUGGAAACCUUUUUGUAAUCAUAAUAAUUAUUCAUUUUAAGCAGCUGCACAUGCCAACUAACUACCUUGUAUUGUCUUUAGCUAUAACUGAUCUGCUGCUGGGGGGGAUUCUGAUGCCUCCUAGUAUGGUACGCUCUGUAGAAACUUGCUGGUAUUUGGGUCCUUUGUUCUGUAAAAUACACAGCAGUGUUGACAUUACUUUGUGCACUGCUUCUAUUUUGAAUUUGUGUUUUAUAUCUAUUGACAGAUAUUAUGCUGUGUGUCAUCCUCUGCUGUAUCACAGUAAAAUCACCCCCUUUACAACAUUAAUCAUGAUUUUUAUCUGCUGGAGUGUCUCCACUUUAGUUGGAUUUGGAACAAUAUUUCUAGAGCUGAAUAUUCUGGGUGUUGAAGAGUUUUACUAUGAGAAUGUUGUGUGUGAAGGAGGCUGUGUGUUGUUUGAAAGUGCAGCUGCAAGCACUGCUUCCUCUUUACUUUCCUUUUAUUUACCUGGUCUUGUGAUGCUUAUCAUAUAUAUAAAGAUAUUCCGUGUUGCACAAAAGCAAGCAAAGUCUAUUCAGGACUCAAAAUGGAAAAACAAUAUAAAAUCAAUGUUAAACAAAGAGCAAAGAAAAGCCACCAAGACCUUGGCUGUGGUUUUGGGCGUGUUCCUGGCACUUUGGACACCAUUUUUUGUCUGUUUUUUUAUGAAUCCUUUUAUCAGUUACUCAGUUCCUCCAGUAUUGAUUGAAAUGUUUGCUUGGAUUGGACUUAUGAAUUCAACAUGUAACCCUAUUGUUUAUGCUUUUUUUUACACAUGGUUUCGAAAAGCAUUCAGAGUGGUUUUAUCAGGUCAAAUUUUUCAGCCAGGGUCCUCAAGAAUGAAACUGUUUUCAAACUGAAAAAAGGAACUCCAUGAUGAAAUUGUAUGAAAAAAAAAUGUUUAUGUUCAUUGUAUGCAUCUUAAAACAUUGUUACUUACACCAGUUUACUGUUAAAGCACAGAUAGAAGAACAUUACCCGAGCAAAGACUGCUGUAGAAUUUUUUUCCUGGUUAAUAUUUAAAACGUUUAUUAUAUGCUUGUAACUUUACAAUGUAUUAUGUUUUUUUUAAAUGAUGAAUAGCUCAGAAAUAAAU